AUGACGGUGAGCUACAUGCAGGAAGCGGCCACCGCCAACUCUUUCACCUUUCUCCGGCUACUUUUCCGUUGGCGUGGCAGCGUAUGGAAAAGUGUGGCUUUUGAACUUUUCGUCUGGCUCUUCAUAUACUUCAACUUCAGGUUUUUUUCUGCAUAUGAACGCUUAUAGGAACUAGUGAAAUAAAAAAGAAGAAUUUUUAUUAUCAAGAACAAGUUCAGUUUCACUUUUCUGCAAAUUUUUUAGAUAUUGAUGACUGUAAAAAUUAACGCACAGGGGGAGCUUCAGAUAUUAGAUAGUCUAAAAUUCCAGCACGAUUUACGUCUUCUUCCUGCGGGAUUCGAAAAGUGGGAACAUCUAUGAGCAAGUUGUAAAGCGAUGUCAACAGGUUCUUUGCCAACUUUUUUUCUUACUUCGAGAGUUCAUCCCAUCUAGUUUCCCACAUUUUUUUUUGGCUUAAGGCCUAGCAUCAACAAAAAAAACAUGAGAACGCCGCUGAAGAAUUAUUGGAAGUCAGACUUUUCCGAACGCCGACAAAUGUGGUAAAUCUAGAUGAGGCUAAUUGGUUUUCUGAUCAAAGAUAUGCUUUUUUAUUUUCUUUCACCUCGAGCCUUCUUUAUUUGAGUUCUCUUGAAGAUAGUGCCAGAAGGACGAACUGUGGUGACGUUUGCACUUGGCUUCUAUGUAUCGCACAUCACGAACAGGUAGAAGGAGUGAAAUACCUCUGACGGAGCUUCAGGUGGUGGACCAUCUUCAUGACGAUCCCUUGGCCUGAUACGACGGCCCUCGCCCUUUGCGCCUUUCUUCGCACGAGGAGCAAAAAGCAUGAGGUUCUUUUUUCUUCAUGUCGUCAGGUCUUUUUUGUUUUUCAAGGAAGUCUUUUUGAGUCAAAAGUCGACUUAGGUAGAAGACAAGGCUAUUCGCAAGUCAAUAUUGCGUUACAUGCUCCUAUCUUUUGUCCUCGUUUUUCGGGACGUCAGCGAACGCAUUAUCAAGCGUUUUCCGACCUACAAACACUUGGUCAGUUUCUAAUUAUUCCAAAUCGCAGCUGAAGAUUCAACAGGUCCCAGCUUUGAUGACUGAGGAAGAACGUCUGAAAUUGGAACGAAUUGAAAAGGUUAUUCUUUGCGUUUUUCAUCCUUGCUGAUCGAGUUUUGAGCCGAACUGUUGUUGGCGUCAAAAGCGCACCAACAGUUUUUUCACUUUCUAAGUAGUUGAUCAACAUCAAAUGCUGAUGUUUUUAAACUUUUUUUUUUCACAUACCAGCUGAAGUGACAGUUGAAAAAGUUAUUAGUUUCAGUCGCAUAUUAUGAAAUCACUUCAGUUUGGCGCGUUCGUUAAGUGAAUUUUCGCAUGAUUAUAACUAGAACGAGGAAGGAUUUUAUGAAGAAAUAUUAGCCAAAAACGCGCAAAUGUAGUUAGAGGAAGAGCGUCUUCAGUGAAAUGUCUGAAUUUUCUGGCGAUUGUAAACGUAGGGAAUGAACAGGUGCGAGUUCACUGGAUGCCGAUCGAAUGGAGUCUGUCGUUGCUGCGCCGCUGCCGCGAGCAGGGCUCUAUCGACGAGCAUCACUUCUGCACGGUCACUCGGAAGGUUCUCGACUACCGGCAGAUGCUCCACAAUAUCCUCUCCUUCGACUGGGUCAACGUGCCUCUCGUCUACGUCCAGGUCCGGAUUGACUUUAUCACUUUCCGACGUCUUCAGGUCGUCAACCUCUGUACCAUGUCCUACUUCUUCUUGCAGUUGCUGGCCACACAGCCCAUAUUAGACGAAGUUCAUUUUUUGUUUUCGUUGAAGAAGCAGUUUAAGUUCAGAAACAAAACCAACAAGUUGACAUCGUCCCCGUCUAUUUCAUUAUGGAGUUUAUUGUCUUCAAUGGCUGGCUGAAAACCGCUCAGGUAGGAAUUUGAGCUUUUAUUGGGCUUUUUUUUAUGGACGGAUAGAAAAAUAGGAACAAAUCUGCGAGCCGCGGGUUAAGAGGUAACUUCUUCAGAGAAGAUUCUCUUCUGAAUCAUGAAAUAAAUGAAGAGUUGAUCGUCGGUUUGCGGAAUCGCUUUGGCUAAGAAUGUCUCGUAGAUCAUCUCGUCCCUUUUCGGAUAGUAACGUUAGGAAGUUGAGCGUUCCGACGAUCACUGCUUCUCCAUGUAGGAACAGUACGGCGCCCAGCUCGUCCAAGGCGGAUUAGACGAAAGCGGAAUUGAAGACCGACCACUCGGGAUGUAG